CUUCUUGGAUUCCUCAAUUACACAAAGGAACUUACCUAUUACAACACUGAACACUCGCAGACACAGACACACACAUUUAUACAUAGAUUAAUAGAUAUAGGCGUCGUGUAUCCUACGCAUAGUAUGUAUGAAUUCAGUGUAUUGCUGGCACAGUUAAAGCGCUGAUUCAGAUUCUCUUCGUUAACGCCGGCGAAAAAACGCAAGGAGCUUGUUGAAUUGAAUUGUAGGUGUAUGUGUAUCAGUGUAUGCACAUAACGUCAGGGGAAGGGAAGAAGGAUUGGAUCAGGUAAUGUGGUAGCAAAGAUGAAGGGAUUCGAUCUGUUAAAAUCUUCAAGUCUGGUAAAAUCUGCCGGAUUCGUUUUUGUAGCUCUAGCUUUCUUCUAUUUCGGUAAACAAUGGUCCGAAGAUCAUUAUCAACGAGCUAUCUUCUUCAAUUCUUACUCAAACGCAACUACCAAAACCCCUUGGAUCUCAAUUUCCCCAAAUCACAAUAAAACCUUCGAUAUUAUUUCUCUAAUCAACAACACCGAGGAAUCAGAAAUUCUAGCUGAUCAUGCCUUAGCUCCAAUUCCCCAAUCAACUUUGCUUUCUCAGUCACCACCACCGCCUCCGCCUCCGCCUCCUCCACCCCCACCGCCACCGCCAGCAGUGCAGAGGUUAGGGUUAGUGGAUGAGAAUGGGGUAAUGAGUAAUGAUUUUGAGGUGGGGGAGUUUGAUCCGGACGGGAUAGAAAAUUGGAAUAAUGAGACGGAAGUUGCAGAAGGUGAUAAUGACGGAGUUAAGGUCACCAUUAAGGUCCGGAAGUUUGGGAUGUGUCCGGCGAGUAUGAGGGAGUAUAUACCUUGUUUGGACAAUGUUCAAGCCAUCAAUAGAUUAAAAUCAACAGAGAAAGGGGAAAAGUUCGAGCGCCAUUGCCCUGAGAAAGACAAGGGAUUAAACUGCUUGGUACCAGCUCCCAGGGGUUACAAACCUCCAAUUCCAUGGCCAAGAAGUCGUGAUGAGGUAUGGUAUAGCAAUGUUCCACAUGCACAGCUAGCUGAAUAUAAAGGUGGUCAGAAUUGGAUUGUUGUAAACAAGGACAAAUUUAGGUUUCCUGGAGGUGGCACACAGUUCAUACAUGGUGCAGAUCAGUACCUGGAUCAGAUUUCAAAGAUGAUUCCAGCCAUUGGUUUUGGAAGGCAAACCCGUGUUGUAUUAGAUGUUGGAUGUGGUGUGGCAAGUUUUGGUGCCUAUUUAACCUCAAGAAAUGUAGUAACUGUAUCAGUAGCUCCAAAAGAUGUACAUGAAAACCAGAUUCAGUUUGCACUUGAACGUGGUGUCCCUGCCAUGGUGGCAGCUUUUGCAACAAGGCGGUUGCUUUAUCCAAGCCAGGCUUUUGAUUUAAUCCAUUGCUCAAGAUGUAGAGUUAAUUGGACUCGUGAUGAUGGGAUUUUGCUGCUUGAGGUCAACAGGUUGCUUCGGGCAGGUGGAUAUUUUGUCUGGGCAGCACAACCAGUUUACAAACAUGAACCUCUUCUUGAAGAACAAUGGGAAGUGAUGACCAACCUUACAAGUCGAAUUUGUUGGAAUCUUGUGAAGAAAGAAGGUUAUAUUGCAAUAUGGCAGAAGCCCCUUGAUAAUACCUGCUAUUCAAAUCGUGAUUUGGGUACUCAACCCCCAUUGUGUGAAAAAGAAGAUAAUCCAGAUGAUGUUUGGUAUGUGGAUUUGAAGCCAUGUAUUGCCCGGCUGCCCGAGGAUCAAUCGGGAGCAAAUAUUACGAAAUGGCCCUCGAGACUACAUAAUCCUCCGGAACGCCUCCACAGCAUAAAGCUUGAUGCAUUUGUGUCAAGAAAGGAUUUAUUUAAAGCAGAAUCAAAAUACUGGAAAGAAAUCAUAGAUGGCUAUUUGCGUGGUUUAAACUGGAAAAAAUUCAAACUCAGAAAUGUUAUGGACAUGAGAGCUGGCUUCGGAGGAUUUGCAACUGCCUUGAUAGAUAAUCAAAUGGAUUGUUGGGUGAUGAAUGUUGUUCCUGUUAGUGGUCCAAAUACAUUGCCAGUUAUUUAUGAUCGUGGACUAGUGGGAGUCAUGCAUGACUGGUGUGAAGCAUUUGAUACGUAUCCUAGGACAUAUGAUCUCCUGCAUGCAGCGGGUCUUUUUUCAGUUGAGCAAAAAAGAUGCAAUAUGUCUAGUAUUAUGAUCGAGAUGAAUAGAAUAUUGAGACCUGGGGGACACGUGUACAUUCGUGAUUCAAUUUUGGUGAUGGAUGAGCUUCAAGAGAUUGCAAAGGCUAUUGGUUGGCAUGUAAAGUUAAGAGAUACAGCUGAGGGACCCCAUGCAAGUUAUAGAAUCCUGAUUUGUGAUAAACGCCUCCGUUAAUUAAUUAAUCUCUUACAAAAAGUAAAAACAAAACUGGAUAUGUUUUUGUUAUAAUUCUUUCCUUUCGGUUUUUAGUUUUUACAGUUGUACAGGUACACAUAGGUUUUCUAGUUUAUUUUGUAAAGACUAAAACUAUGUUGGAGAUAUUUUAGUUCUAAAACUAACAAGAAGAGAG